GAGGGAACGCAAAGGUAGGGGCCUGAUUUCGUAUCUUCUUUCACCUACCUUCUCUCUCUCUCUCUCUCUCUCUCUCUCUCUCUCUCUCUCUCUUCUGAAGUUAUCGCCGGCGGCGAUCGAUCGUAACAGGAUUUCGCCGGAGAAUCAGUCACUGGAACAGGAAUUUCGCUUGAGUCGAGAAGAUGAAGAUAUUUGUGAAAACUCUCAAGGGGAUUCACUUCGAGAUCGAAGUAAAACCCGAUGAUUCGGUUGCUGAUGUGAAGAAGAACAUAGAGACUGUGCAGGGAGCAGAUGUUUAUCCCGCUGCAAAAUUGAUGCUUAUCCACCAAGGGAAAGUGCUUAAAGAUGAGACCACAAUUGAGGAGAACAAAGUUGCUGAGAACAGUUUUAUUGUCAUUAUGAUGACCAAGAGUAAACCUGCCUCAACUGGAGCGUCUAGUGCAUCUGCUAGCCCUACAGCGCAGGCUAAGUCGAUGCCUACCUCAUCAACACAGCCUUCAAAUUCCCCUCAGCCUCCAGCUUCUGUAGCAAUGCCAGAUGCACCUUCACCGACACCUGCAGCUGCAACUGAAACUGUGGUUGCACCUGUACCUGUACCUGAAACCGUACCUGUACCUGAAGUUGUUUCUGCUACUCUACCAGGAAGCACUCCCAUACCCGAAUCAAAUCCUGCUGGAUCUCUGGGUGAUGUUUACGGACAAGCAGCAUCUAAUCUGGCCGCUGGAAGUAAUUUAGAGAGUACUAUUCAGCAGAUUCUUGACAUGGGUGGAGGAACCUGGGAUCGUAACACUGUCGUCCGUGCACUCCGUGCUGCAUUUAACAACCCUGAAAGAGCUGUGGAAUAUCUUUACUCUGGGAUCCCUGAGCAAGCUGAAGUUCCACCAGUUGCCCGUGCCCCAGCUAGUGGUGGACAGCCAGCAAUUCCUCCAGCACAGACUCAGCAACCUGCAGCGGCACCUGCAACUGGUCCUAAUGCAAAUCCGUUAGAUCUUUUCCCACAGGGGUUGCCAAAUGUUGGAGCAAAUCCUGGUGCCGGAACACUUGACUUCCUGCGCAACAGCCAGCAGUUCCAAGCUCUGCGUGCAAUGGUGCAAGCAAACCCUCAAGUUCUGCAGCCUAUGCUUCAGGAACUGGGAAAGCAAAACCCAAACUUGAUGCGGUUAAUUCAAGACCAUCAAGCUGACUUCUUACGUUUAAUCAACGAACCCGUUGAAGGAGGGGGAGAAAGCGGCAACCUCUUUGGCCAAUUGGAGGCGGGAAUGCCACAACCACAGGCGAUCCAAGUCACACCUGAGGAACGCGAAGCAAUCGAACGGCUUGAAGCAAUGGGAUUUGAGAGAGCAUUGGUGUUGGAAGUGUUCUUCGCGUGUAACAAGAACGAAGAGUUGGCUGCGAACUAUCUUCUUGAUCACAUGCAUGAGUUCGAGGAAUAGCUGCUUCAGUAAAGUUACCUUGUUCAUCUUUCUUCUUUCUAUCUCUUAUCAUUGGUCCAUAUGUAUGGCCUUGCCUAUAGGAAUAGAGAAGAAACAUUGUCCCCAUUUUUUUUAAUAAAAUUUUAAGGGUCCAUUUGAUUGAUUAA